CUGGGUGCCUUGAUUGCUGACACACCAGUACUCCCACACAAACAUAAAUACUACCAGAGACGUUCUCUCUCAUCCAUUCAUGGCUCCACAUCUCCUCCUUCUCCUGCGCAUCCUGUUCUUCCUCACUGGAGUCUCAGAUGCACAGAGUGUGUCCACAGUGAGUCAUGUGUCUGUAAAGCAAGGAGGUUCCAUCACCAUCCCAUGUCUCUAUGAUCUGAGAUAUAGAAACAAUGUGAAAUACUGGUGUAGGGGAUAUUAUUGGUUUGGUUGCUCUACUGUAGUACGCACUGACCAUCCUAAGACCAGUGGAAAGACCUCAGUCUCUGAUGACAUCAACCAGCGAGUCUUCACUGUGACCAUGACAAGUCUUAGUCCUAGUGAUUCUGAUUAUUACUGGUGUAUUGUGGAGAGGAAGAAGGAGGCAGAUGAUGGGGUUAGACUACAGAUAUCUGUUACUCCAGGUACUCCAGAACUCUAUGUGGACCAACAAGAGCUGACUGGAGUUGUAGGAGGGAGUGUCACUGUGCUCUGUUACUAUAGUUCACAAAGAAGCAGUGGGAGGUGGUGCAGGAUGGGAGGCUCUUGUGUUGCUGUGGGACAUUCUAGAGCUUUAGAUGGAACAUUUGUGAAGUUAGUGCAGGACCAGAGCCGAACCACCAACGGUUAUGUCUUAAUGGUGACUAUGAGUGGAUUGAUGAUGGAGAACACUGGCUGGUACUGGUGCGAAAAGGGAAACCUACAGAUGCCUGUUCAUAUCACUGUCAAUCAACCAACCACAACGCAGAGCACCAUCACAAUUUCUCCUUCUGUUACAAACAGGGACAAUGUUGAAACUACCGAGAACACAGAUGAGAAGCACCAGAGUUGGCUGGAAUUCCUGUUCAUUCCUCUGAGCCUGUUGGUGGUGUUGAUAGCUGUUACCUUGGUCACAUUUAAGAUGUUGAGAAAACAUAAGGACAAGAAAGCAAAGGACCAACCACCAAACACCACAGUACAGUCUGCUGACUCUGAGCAGAACAUUACCUACAGCACUAUGAGUCACACCAGAGGAUCAACACAACAGGACCCAUUACCUGAUGAUGCAGUGACAUACAGCACCGUGGUCACCAAGAACAAGGUCCAACCAAAUAUUCCAUUACCUGAUGAUGCAGUGACAUACAGCACUGUGGUCACCAAGAACAAGACCCAACCAAAUGCAGCAGAACCAGAUGAUGUGGUCUACAGCACAGUGGCCCAACACCAGAGAUAGCAGGGAGUAGCAGCGGAGCAGUGACAGAAUUAAAUCCUUGGUCCCAAAGAACCAGACAAGCUUUAUGGGGGAAAAUACUGGAGGAUCUCAGUGUACUAAGGCAUCAGAAGAAAUGUGUCCAGAUUGACAGUAAAACAUGUGUUAUUUUAUUUGUCACCCCCUGCCCCAACCCUUUCUCAUUAUUAUUUAUUGUUUACGUUUUCUUUUUAAAGGAUGAAUCAAAAUGUAUGUAAGGGGACAGCCGAAUAACCCUUUUAGGUUUGAGAUGGCACAUCUUUUUCUAAGAGUGUAGGCUGACUGUCUUAAGUGGAAAGGUUGGCCAAACUUUUGAAAGUACCAUGCUCAGAUUCCUGAUUUAAUUAUUUGCAAACAGCGACAGUUUCGUUGCAAACAAGACAAACUGAUUUGGCAUUGGAGAAAUAUGAAAUAUUUAAGGCUCUGGUCUAUACAGGAUGUGAGGAUAAACGGGAGACGUGUUCAAUGCUUUCCACUUUGUUUUAAUGAUUUAUUUUGGGUUAGAGGGGAGGGUCACUUGUUUUCUUUCUAGGGUUUAGGUCAAAUAUAUUUAGCUGAAGUGUGGGCCAUCCAAUUUCAUUUCUGAGAGGUCCGAUUUUCUCCAUUUAACUCUUAUUAUAAUUAACGUUCACUCCCUAACCUGUAUAUAUUACAGACUGAACGUAUUAAAUUGUCACAAUUAUGUCCAUGUGGACAUUUAACUAACGUGUGUUUCUUCAAUAAAAACAGAAUAAACCUGAA